AUGGCGCCCGACAGGGGCUCAGUCGAUAAUCGCGACGACAUGGACGGCCACUCAGACGCUGCUUCGGUCCUCUCAGCGCGUGCCCAACAGCCGCAAAACUUCACCCUCCGCUCCCUGCUCCUCGGACUGGCCAUCGGCACCGUCAUCUGCUUCUCCAACACCUACUUCGGCUUGCAAACAGGAUGGGUCUCGAGCAUGGCCAUGCCGAGCGCUUUGCUGGGCUUUGCGUGGUUCAAGGCUGUCUCGAGGACGCUAUCAUAUCCCUUCACGCCCGUCGAGAACGUCCUGGUGCAAUCUGUUGCUGGAUCUGUAGGUACAAUGCCUCUGGGAUGUGGCUUCGUUGGCGUCAUUCCAGCUCUUGAGUACCUUCUCAAGCCCAACGAGACUCAGGGAGAAGGCACUGGCGUCCACCUUUCGCUCCUCAAGCUUAUAGUCUGGGCUGUGGGCAUCUGUUUCUUCGGUGUCGUCUUCGCUGUGCCAUUGCGAAGGCAAGUCAUCAUUCGUGAGAAGCUCAAGUUUCCUUCUGGUACAGCGACUGCCCUGAUGAUCGGAGUACUUCACGGAGGAGAGAAGGAUGCCACCAUUGUUCAUAUGGACAACGAGGACGAACACCAGAAUGGAAACAUACAAGUUGAAGAGNNGGAGGAACGGAGGCUCAUCGCAAGCGCCCCAACACAACGAAGGAGCCAACAAGAGACCGCUGCAUCCGAGCCACAAGGUGAUGUCGAGGCUUUGGACAAGGACCAUCAGGCCGAUUGGAAGGCCAGGAUCAAGCUCUUGACCCUAUCAUUCGGUGUUUCUGCCAUUUAUCUCAUGUAUAUUCUUAGNACACUCAUGUCCUACUUCGUUCCUUUCAUCCGCGAUAUUCCAUUCUUAGGCAUGUAUCUGGCCAAAGACUGGCUAUGGACGCUCAAUCCUUCACCUGCAUAUAUUGGCCAAGGGAUCAUCAUGGGUCCUGCGACCACUCUUCACAUGCUCUUGGGCGCCAUCCUUGGCUGGGGCAUACUAUCUCCUCUCUCUAAAGCCAGAGGGUGGGCACCAGGUGCUGUGGACGACUGGGAGAAAGGCAGCAAAGGCUGGAUCGUCUGGGUCAGUCUCGCCAUUAUGCUUGCCGAUUCAAUCGUCAGCCUUGGAUGGUUGGUUUUGCGUCCAACAAUCCAGCUCAUCCGAGUCUUUGGGCCCCGAGCCAAAGAUAGCGUUGCUCGUGGCACCUGGAAAGAAGAUCUUCGCAACUUUGCCCACCCUCACAUGAGAGGAUACAGUCCGGUCAAUCUUAAUGAGCCACAUCACGAAUCGCCCGAAACCGAUGGUCUAAUCUCUGGGGCCACGCAAUCAAGGAAGACUGCACAGGAUGCACCGGAACCUGAUGCCCCACCUGAGCAUUUGAUCAGCAACAAGGUCACGCUGAUCGGGCUGGUGCUGUCGUUGACUGCUUGCGUUGGUGCAGUCCACUUCGCGUUUGCAAACCUCAUNCCCUUUGCGCUCACCCUUUUGUCGUUGGUGCUUGCUUUACUGUUGUCGAUCAUGGGUGUUCGUGCUUUGGGAGAGACGGAUCUGAAUCCGGUGUCGGGCAUCUCCAAGUUGACACAGCUAUUCUUCGCUCUAGUCACACCAUCAGGCUCCCCCAAUGCGGUUAUUGUCAACCUUAUUGCUGGUGCCAUCAGCGAGUCAGGCGCCUUGCAGGCGGGAGAUCUUCUUCAAGAUCUCAAAACCGGGCACUUGCUCGGCGCCAGCCCGAAGGCGCAAUUCUGGGGCCAAAUCAUUGGAAGCACUUUCGGUGCUGUGAUCAGUGCUUGCAUAUACAAGCUCUACACCCGCGUGUAUGAGGUUCCUGGAGGUAUGUUUCAGGUACCCACGGCUUAUGUUUGGGUAUUUACCGCACGUCUUGUCACUGGGCAAGGUUUACCUCCCAUGGUAGGUGAGUGGGCAGCAGGAGCUGCCGCCGUCUUUGCCGUCUUCACAGCAAUGCGGAUUUACGGAAAUUCGAUAGGAGCAAAGUGGACUCCCUUUGUUCCCGGAGGAAUCGCAGUAGCAGUUGGCAUGUACAAUACUCCAUCGUUCACCUUGGCACGAACAAUCGGCGGAAUGGUGAACUGGUAUUGGCGCAACUGGCGGAAGGAGUCAGAGACACCCAUCAUCAUUCUGGCCAGUGGACUCAUACUGGGAGAAGGACUGUUCAGUAUAGUAAAUCUUGGCCUAGCAUCUCUACAGGUACCACACUUGUAG